CUUUCCCUCCGCUAUGUUAACGCCCCGGUCUCCGCCUCCCCCUUUCCUCGCAACAGACCAGAGAAACCGUCUUUCUUCCUUGCAUCGUCGUUUUACGCAUUGUAGCAAAUAGAUGACGAGCAGUGAUCGCACGGAGAGGAUGCUGGAGGAGGCAUUCAAGAUCCGCGGCCGGGACAAGAAGGGCCGCAAGAUCCUCCGCAUCGUUGGCAAGUUCUUCCCAGCGAGGGAAUUGAUGAGCGCAGCGCAGGGUGGAGGCGAGGAGGUACUGCGGAGUUUCUUGGAGAGGAGGGUGUUCCCGGAGCUCGCAGGGGCGCCGUUCGUGGUGGUGUACAUGCACGCCCUCGUUCAGAGGUCCGAGAACUUCCCCGGCGUGACGGCGCUGCGGUCGGUCUACGAGGCGCUCCCCGCCGCCGUCCGCGACGGGCUCCGCGCCGUUUACUUCGUGCACCCGGGCCUGCAGGCCCGCCUCUUCUUCGCCACCUUCGGCCGCUUCCUCUUCAGCGCCGGGUUAUACGGGAAGCUGCGAUACGUGAGCCGGCUGGAGUUCCUGUGGGAGCACAUGAGGAGGGGCGAGGUGGAGGUGCCGGAGUUCGUGGAGGACCACGACGAGGAGCUGGAGCACCGCCCGCUCAUGGACUACGGCCUGGUGGAGAGCGACCACCACCACCGGGCCUUAGACGACCCCGCCAUGGACACGACCGCUUCCAUGUACUCGUACCGGUGCAUCUCCUAGCCGUUGUGUGAUGGCAUGAUGAUCGAGGACCAUCAUGCGCCGUUCUUUUUGUUUCUGUCUUGUAUACGUAUGUACAUAGUACAUGACGAUAAUGAUACCCAGUCGAGCUGUUGACUUUUCUCGACCAUCAUGGGCCGUUCUU